AGAGAGAGAGAGUCAUUUGGCCAAAUAUACAGGCAAUAUAUCCUCCUAGGAAGAAAAAUAGAGCCUCCCAUCAUGUGACCUGACAAGCAAUAUAACCUCCAAGAUAGAAAAACACAACCUCCAUAAUCCAAAUUGGAUCUUAAACCCUCUCUCUCUCUCUCUCACACACACACACACACAGAGUCCUCAGUUCAUUGCUCUUUGUGCUCAUGGAAACUAACACCACUGCUGCUCCUGCAAGGCCACCUGGUCUUGCUGCAGAAAACCAUACACACAACCACCACCAUCAUCCUCAUAUUCUCCCUUCCUCUUCCAUUCUCACAAUCAUCUUACCCACCACCAUAACCAUCUUACUCCUCUCAGUUUUUUUAAUCAUUCUAACGCUGCGACGUCAAAAAUCCGCGAAAAACAACAGCAGUCCCAAAACCAACAUCAUCAUCAACAACAGAAACUGCACGUUCAUUGCUCAUAGCACCAUAAACGUUACUGCUAGCCCAGAUGUGAAGGGUGGGUGUCUAUAUGGAGGGAAUUCGAGUCGUUUUCCUUCAGCUAAAUACAGAGGAGUUCAAGUAUUCACUAUCAGAGAGCUUGAAUUGGCCACAGAUAAGUUUAGUGAAGCAAGUGUGAUUGGAAAUGGAGGAUGUCGAGUGGUUUAUAGAGGAGUCCUUAGAGAUGGGACUGUGGCAGCUAUUAAGAUGUUGCGCAGGGACGGAAAGCAAAGAGAGCGUGCAUUUAGGACAGAGGUGGACUUACUGAGCAAUUUACACUCUCCCAACAUAGUGGAGCUUCUUGGCUACUGCGCAGACCAGCACCACAGGCUCCUAGUACUUGAAUUCAUGCCCAAUGGAACUCUCCAACACCUCCUCCACCCUUCCAACAACCAACCCCGGCUGCUGCUCAAUUGGGGAACCCGAUUGAGCAUUGCUCUUGAUUGUGCCAGAGCUCUCGAGUCUCUCCAUGACCACGCAGAUCCACACGUCUUCCACGGUGAUUUCAAAUGCAGUAACAUUCUCUUAGAUCAAAAUUUCAGAGCCAAGUUGUCAGAUUUCCGAUUGGCCAGAACAGGAUCGGACAAGAUCCAUGGUCAGGCUUUGGUGCGCGCAUCAUGGACCACCGGAUAUUUAGCACCCGAGUAUGUUUCAACCGGUAAGCUUACUACAAAAUCAGAUGUGUACAGCUAUGGUGUUGUUCUUCUAGAACUGCUAACAGGCCGUGUACCAGUUGAUACCAAGCGACCUCCUGGAGAACAUGUACUCGUCUCUUGGGCUCUUCCAAGGUUAACCAACAGAGAAAAGUUAUUGGAAAUGGUUGACCCUGCACUACAGGGACAGUAUUCAAAAAAGGAUCUAAUCCAGAUAGCUGCUAUUGCAGCCAUGUGUGUGCAACCAGAAGCAGAUUACCGUCCUCUAAUUACAGAUAUUGCGCAGUCCUUGGUCCCUCUGGUGAAGAACCUCUCUCCUAAAUCUCUUUCCAAUUCAUUGAGGUUUAAUCAAAGAGUAAGUCCAAGGUCUUAGGCAAUGCUUGGAAACUGCAGUUUGAGCUGUUCAAAAUCUGAACAAAUCUAUGGACCAGCUGGUUCAUCCUAUGACAACUCAUUGUUCAUCCUAUGGAGGUCCUAAAACAUUAGUAUCAGAGUGUACAAAAUUAAAGAGCAGCAAAAUAUACUAGGAAUUGUAGGCAAGCGUGAAAUAUCGUGUACUCCAAAUACUAAAAAAUUAGAAGGUGGUUAAUAAAUGUUUUGCUACUUGUGAUGGUUGUGAUUUUAUUAUUGUUUCUUCCAAAGUUUAAAAUGUAUAUAUGCUUAAUUGGA